AUGACAUUGACUCAAAAACUGAAAUCAAAUCUUUCAAAUUCACUUGAUCAAAUAUUAACAGAAGUUACAACUUUUUCAAAUGAUAAAGAACCAAAUUUAAUUGCACCAUGUUGUACAAUUGGAGUUACUGAUUUAAAAUCAAAUUUAUAUUUAAAUACAAAAGGUAUAAGUAGUCUAAAUGAACCAGAUAAAAAGGCAACUAAUGAAAAAUUAUAUGCUUUUUUUUCAUGUACUAAAGCAAUGACAGUAAUGGGAGCAUUAAUAUUAUAUGAAAGAGGUUUAUUAGAUUUAAAUAAACCAGUAUCUACUUAUUUCCCUGAAUUUUCAACUAUUGGUGUAUUAGAACCAAAUAUAGUUGAUAAAAAAACUGGUAAAUUAUUAAGACCAUUAAAAGCUCCAUUAACUCAAGUUAAUGCAAAACAUUUAAUAACUCAUACUGCUGGAUUUUCAUAUGGUUUUCUUCAUCCAGAUUAUUUUACAUUAAUUACAAAAGGUGAAAAACUUGAUCCAAUUAAUCCAACAAUUGAAUUUUUUUUAACUAAAACUCCUUUAGUUCAUCAACCUGGAUCAGCUUGGAUGUAUGGUCAUAGUAUUGAUUGGUUAGGUUUUAUAAUUGAAAAAAUUUGUGGUAAAACUUUAGGUGAAUUUUUAAAACAAGAAAUUUUUGAUCCAAUUGGUAUGAAUUCAUGUACUUUCCAUCCAAAGACUUUUGAUAAUUUAAAUAGAAUUCAUUUUAGGAAAAAUGAUGAAAGUUUAAAAGUACAAAGAGUUAAUUUAAGUUUAGAUCCAAUAUUAGAUUUAGGAGGUCAAGGUUGUUAUGGAACAGUAGGUGAUUAUUUAAAAUUUUUAAGAGUUUGGUUAAAUUUAGGUUUUAGUCCAGAUAGUGGGAAAAGAAUACUUUCUAAAAAUACAGUUGAAUUUGCAAAAAGAAAUCAUUUACCAGAUAAUUUAAAUUUAGAAUUUAUUGGAUUAUCUCAUAAUUUUAUUGAUGAUGAUGAACCAACUAAAAAAACAGAUGGUUGGACAUUAACUGGUCAUGCAUAUACUUCAAAUGAUUUACCAACUGGUAGACCAAAAGGGUCAAUAUAUUGGGGUGGAUUAGCUAAUUUAAGUUAUUGGAUUGAUUUUGAAAAUCAAAUUGGUGGGUUUUAUGCUGUUCAAGUAUUACCUUAUAUGGAUGAAUAUAAUGUUGAAUAUAUUGGAAAAUUUGAAAGUGAAGUUUAUAAUGCAUUAAAAGAAAGUAAAUCAACAACUGCUAGAUUUUAG